GUCGCCCAAAGCGAUAAUAUUUAUUAUGAAUUUUGAAACGAUAACCUUUUAACUUUUCCCAUUAAAAGAUAUUAAAAUUUCCUUUUGCUUCAUUUGAAAUUCCUAUUGUUUGAUGAAUAUUGAAUAAUGCUUACAAGAAGAAUUUUCUCAGCGGUAGUAGUGAAACCAAAAUUUGCUCCGAAUUUUUUAACAAAUUCCAGAAAUAUGUCCGGCGAGGAAAAUGAUGUAAUUUUCGAAGAUCUAGGCGAUAAAGGAGUAGUAAUUUUAAACAGACCUAAAGCUUUAAAUUCGCUCAAUUUAUCCAUGGUCAGUAAAAUCUAUCCGACUCUCCAGAAAUGGGAAUCUGAGAAAAAACUUGUUAUCAUAAAAGGUAAUGGAGGAAAAGCAUUUUGUGCGGGAGGAGAUGUAAAAGCAAUAGCAGAAGCAGCAUUUAAAGGUCAAAAAUUAGGACAAGAAUUCUUCAGAAGGGAAUACAUAAACAACGGCCUCAUUGGUUCCUAUAAAAUCCCUUACAUAGCUCUAAUCGAUGGAAUUGUAAUGGGCGGAGGUGUAGGGCUUUCAGUGCACGGCCCUUACAGAGUAGCCACCGAGAAAACUUUAUUUGCAAUGCCAGAAACUCAAAUUGGCUUAUUUCCUGAUGUAGGUGGUUCCCAUUUUUUGCCUAAAUUGAAUGGGAGGCUUGGAUGGUAUUUAGCUUUGACUGGAGUAAGACUAAAAGGUCCUGAUGUGUUAAAAGCAGGAGUUGCCACACAUUAUGUAGACAGUGCAAAUCUUAAAACCAUAGAAGAUGCUUUGCUUCAAUGCUCACAACACAAUGACAUUGAAACAGUUUUGAGUAGAUACCAAAAGGAAGACAAGAGUGAAUUUUCACUUGGGCCAUAUUUAGAGCAAAUUAAUAACUGCUUUUCUGCUCCUACAUUGGAAGAAGUUAUAUCUAGGCUAGAAAAAGAUGGAUCCAAAUGGGCACAAGAUACAUUGAAUUUAUUAAAGAAAAUGUCUCCGACUAGCUUAAAAAUUACUUAUAAACAAUUAGAACUUGGAAAGGAGAUGAACUUGUUGGAAUGUUUGAAGAUGGAAUAUAGAUUGGCUGUCAAUUGUGUUGAGGGACAUGAUUUCAGAGAAGGAGUGAGGGCUUUGCUAAUUGACAAAGAUCAAAACCCCAAAUGGGAUCCAGCAACUGUAAAAGAGGUUACAGAGGACAUUGUACAGCGUCAUUUCCAAAAAUUAUCAGAAGCAGAAGAAUUGAGACAUAAGUUGUAAAUUUGUUGAAUAAAUAAUAAUUUUAUAUGAGUUUGCAAACAUUGCCUUCCAAUAACUGCAAC